UUGAUUGAGCUGAUGAGCAGAACAGUAAUGUGAAGCUUUAAUAUUCCUGACAUUGAUUCAAGGAACUUCUACUCUUUUCUACGUGGAUUUGUGUAUUGAAAUAAUUUUUCAAGCUCUUCCAUCAAAUAUGUGGAGAAUCAUUAUACUGGUCAGAGUCUACAGCUUAUUGGUUACUCAUGUUGAUUGUAACCUAACUGCACUUGGAGAUCCAAUAGGACCUCUGGGACCAACUAUCAUAGAGAAGCCUAACAAAGUGGAUGAUGACUUGAAGAUGGUUAUCGAUUAUAUCAAUGCACAAAAGUUGAGUCCUGAACUCGUAAAUCUGAUUGUCACUAGAACGGCGGAUCAAAGAGCUGCCAUAGAUGCAGCCUACUUGAAGGCAACAGGCCAGAGUAUAUCCACCGCUGUCAAUUCAUUGUUAUUAGUUGAUUUACACUCUGGUUCUCGAUACUUGUUCCAUGGAUUUUUCCAAACAUUGCCAUAUUACUUAGCAAAUGAAAUACGUGAUUCAUUGGAAAGGGGACAUAGUACCAAAGAUUGGACAUACAUGUCCAUCUUAUGUACAAGUUCGGCUACAAAACUGAAGGCGAUCAGUGAUGCCUACAUGGCAGUAAAUGGUGUUUCAUUGAUUGAUGAUAUAAAAAAUAAGGUAGACGAUACAGGAAAAUCUACAUUCCUGAAGAUGGUGAAUCCUAAGACAAUGAGGCCUGAUAGUGGAAUUAACAAAACCGAGGUUGAUCAACAGUUUAAUUUAUUGCCCAUCGUUAGAGAAACAUCGAACUGUGAUAAUGUGCAGUUAGGGGAUUUCCUGAUAACUGCCAGCUUUGAACAGAUCAAAUUGGUUGUGGAGAAAUAUAACGGGCAUCCUGACCAACUCGCAGAUAAAAUUCACAAUUUUUGUCCGAUUGGUCUCAUGCAAGAGGUUUAUAAACGUAUAGUGAGAUAUGCUGCCAAAUCUUAUGAGUAUUUGGCUGAGGAGUUCAAUUUGGGAAUAAAGGAGAAUUCUUUCAAUACCAACGCCCAUAGAUACAUAUUAAUAGCUCGAAGUGAAAUCGAUUUGCAAGAUAUUAUUCUUCGUUAUUGCAUGUUGUUUGAUCAUAAUCCAGAGGAAGACAUGGAGUCAUGGACUAAAAACGAAUAUAGAGAUUUAUUUCAUGCUGUUCUGAAAGGAAAUCGUCCAAAGGAGUAGUAUCCUUCCUGUUUAUUAUAAUAUUAUACUUAAAUUCUUCCAACUCAUUUAGAUUUCAACAAGAAAUAAUGUUUUGAAUUGAAUACUAUGGGACUUAUUGUGUUCCAACUUUUGAGAAUAAAGUUCUAGUUCAACUUGAA